AUGGCGUCUAAUCACGUGCCGAGUGACCAAGUGCCCAUGCAAGGCCAGAACGUCUAUACCGACCCGUCAUAUCAGCAUCUUUUUCCUCCUGUCGACCGUUACGGCACCCCUUCAUGGGAGACCCAGUUACAUCAACACACGACGCUGCCACCUAAUGCGUCAGCCCAGAGUUGGCACCAUGGGUCCUUCGCACAACAACCCUACAAUGCUAAUAGCCAGUCCUACGGCGGUCAACAACAUGGCCUUCGCACUGCUUCGCCAUAUCAGUAUGGACAAUUCGGUCAGCAAAACAACUUGGGCGGUUAUGGACAGCAAUCGAACGUCGAUCCAUCGCUAGGCAUGGAUCCCAACACCAUCCAACAACAACAACAACAACAACAGCAACAACAACAACAGCAACAACAACAAUCACCAUACCCAAUGCCUAUGCGAACCCACACUCCCCAGGGUCAUGCCAGUACCGUGACGCCACAAGCUUUGCAACACAACAUGCCUCCGCUUCAACAAUCCCGCCCUACGGCAUCUCCUUACCAGGCACCUAAGAGUACACCCGACGCUUUUUCUCAGCAGCGAGCUGCACCUACCUCUUUUGUGAAGCCAGUGCCUGUGCCUGAGUAUGACAUACCGAAGGGCAGGAAGUCGGGGGGUCUUUACGUUGUUGACCAGGCUGCACUAGCAAAGGCCACUAAUUCUACUCCUCUGAAUAAAUUUGUGACCCUGGGCAAUGAACCCUUUCACCUCGCAACUAAUAGAACUGCACUCCCUGUUUACGUCCCUCGGCAAUCACUCAAGGAUCUGAAGAAGGCUGGAGCGGACAGCAAGAAGCUUCGUGCCAGUCUGUCGGCUGCCAAGUCUCAGUCAAGAGCCUUCAAAUCUGCAAGGAAACCUACAGAACUGAAGAGACAGGCCAGUGAUAGUGAAAGCUCGACUGACUCCUCCGACUAUGAUAGCGAUUCUUCGGAAGAAGAAGAGAUGCCGGUGCCGGAGACAAGGCCAGAAGAUCCUGAUGCUGCUGUUCGGUAUGAUGUUGUCAAAGCUACGUGGCAUCCUUCAUCAUCAUCGCCAAGCUCCGACAAGAUCAAGAACAGCAUGCGCGAGAUUUGGGACGUACUUGACACCAUUCAUAAGCGGUGGCGUGCCGACAGCAAAGCUGUGACGGAAGCGGAGGAACAAAAGAAGAUAGGCGAGCUGCCCGUGCUGAAAAGCCGGGUAACUAGUCAGCGUGAUUUGCUCAAGUCUGCCCUUGAAGCUGCGCUUGAGUUUUCCCAUCCUGAUGUGCUUUACCAGUUGGGGCUGAUUAAGCCUUUCUUGUACCUGUGCUACCAGUUUCUGGCAAACCGAUUCAAAAGCAAAGACUACGAUGGGCCAUUAUCUGCGGUUAUAUACGAGGUGCUCUCGCGAUGCGGUACAUUGACUUCUGAACUCCUUGAAGAGACUAGGCUUGUAAAAGCACUUGCGUCCAUGAAGAAACACGCAAAUGAGAAACACAAGGCCUUCAUACAACAAAUUAUAGAUGGUGCUGCUGCCAAUUCCAAAAAGGCCAAAGCAAGUCCUCCGCCAAAAGCCGAGCUAGCAGAGAACAAGGGCAUCAAGCGACCUGCAACAGAGGCUGCGGGCCGCUCAGCGAACGAGAACCCUCUGACGAAGAAACCAAAAACACCCGAGGCUCCCGCCAAUACAGUCAAGAAGGAUCUCGCGUCCACUUUGGCUUCGAAGCCUGCGACCGCUGGCACCAAUACCACUGUACAAAAGCGACCUGGCGAACGGGCAGCGCCGGCGCCAGCUCCUGUCAAGACCCGUGUUAGUCAGGUCACCAACAAGCCUUCAGGUAUCUUUGCCUCCCUCAACGCAGCCGCCAAAAAGCCGGUGCCUACGCCAGCUGCUGCGAAGGCUGCUGCUCUGCCUAAAGCUGCUGCUCCAGCGGCAAAAGACAAGAAGCCAGCGGCCACGACAGCAUCGAAGCCUGCCUUCUCGUUCGCUCAAACAAUGGCGUCACUCCAAAAGACAAAGGAGCCAGAAGCAGCGCCUGUCAAAUCCGAGAAGCCAGUGCCAACGGAAACCGAAGAAGAAAAGACCAAGCGCUUGCGGAAAGAAGCUCGAAGACAUCUACGCGUCACCUGGCGGCCUGAAACGUCAUUGGUGGAAGUCAAGUACUUUGAUCAUGAGGCUGACGAUGAAGAGAUGGACGACAAGGAAGAUCAUCUUGUUCGGGAUGCUGGUGACAUUGGGGGAGAGGGACACAUGUUCAAGCAACACAAAGAGCUCGAUCUUGACGAUGACGACGAAGAACUGGAUAUGGAACGACCCUGGCCGCCGCCGUCCCAAGUCGAUUUCAGCGUUGUGCCCUCCGAAGAGCGCCAACGUAACUACAUGCCGUACGGAGGCGGAGAGAAGGUGCCCGAAUGCCCUGAAAGAGACGCCAACGUACAGCGCGAGAACAAUACGUUGAUGGUCUACUACUCAAGUCUAGCCGACAUCCCACCUUCACCUCAAGAGCCAUCGGAACAAGAGAACGUAUCUACGAGCACUGUUGUCAACUUCGGUACCCCACCCGACAAAGUGUUGGUGAGAUGUCCACAACCGCCAAUGCCCGCAGCCGUACCAGACUUUAGUCAAUUGGAGAACAUCAUCAAAUCGCUCUCAGCAACUAGCCAACCUCCUGCCGCUCCUCCAACGGCUCCUGUUGAAAGCACUUACACACCACCACCUCCUUCGACGGCUGCUCCAUUCGACCCUGCCGGUCUUCAGAGCAUACUCAACUCCAUCAGCAACGGCCAAGCCCCUCCGCAGCCUCCACCCGUGUCAUUCCCGCAGCCGCCGACACAACAACCAGGCAUGCCCUUGGACAUUGCUGCACUCAUUGCCAACAUGCAGGCAGCGACCGGAGGUGCUCUUCCUCCUCCGCCACCACUACCAACUGGAUUUCCUCCAUUUCCGUUCGCUUUCCCGCCCCAGCCACAGCAGCACGAAUCUGCGGCCUGGCCUCCACAGAUGCAGGAUGCGGCUGCCUACCAACCCCAAAUACAAGCACAUUACAAUCAGCAGACCAACGGUACCAAGCGACAACGCGACGAUGGCAACAAUAACAACAACAACAACAACAACAACAACGAUCGUAACCAAGGAAAGCGGCCUAAGAACCGGGGAGACCACAAGCCUCACAAGGUACUACAAUGCAAGUUCUUCGCUAAAGGCCAGUGCAACAAAGGGGAGAACUGCACGUACAUCCACGACCCAAAGAUGAUAGAACGAUGA